AUGAGGCCCGCGCCGCCCUUGGCGCUGGUCGCGACCAACGCCAGCGCCAAGUCGUCUUCCUUCUCUUGGUCUCUCCCUUACCUUUCUGCCUCCGCUCCGUCUCCGUCUUCUUCUUUCCUGUCAUCUCUCUCUCCUUCUGCUCCCUCUCUGUCGCGAAGCAUGUCCGCGACUCCUGCCUGGGUUCGCCCAGCCGGCGCCCACGCGCUGGCUUGUCCCCCGCGCCUCCUGCAGCGGCCUUCUCAGGCGCCCGCGAGGCGGAUGACUUGCGGAAAGCAAGGCCUCGCGCCCCUGUCCCAGUUGCGUGCCCUUCCUCCGCGGUUCCCUUGUCUCAGCGCCCUGGCUUCGUCGCCUCCUGGUUCCACUGCAGCAGAAAAGCCCGCGCCUCGUUCCCCCGGUGGCCGCGCGUUCUUUGCAGCUGCCUCUCAUGCCUCUUCUCCCUCGUUCCGGCCUCCUACAUUCUUUCCUCUUCUUCCUCUGUCUCCUCUUGGAGCUGCUUUCCGCGCUCUCGCCUCGCUGCAGGGAACACGGGCGCGGACUCUCGAUCGUCGCACAUUCUCUUCUGCAAAGCGCACCCCCCCUCUGAGCGAAGACCCGGGCGACGAAGAGACUCAAGACUCUAUCGACGCAGAGGAAGAGUCCGAUGCGCCGCCGCGGAAAGAGGACGCUUGGAGUCUCGGCGCAAGCUCUUCCGGUUCCGCUUCUCGCCCCGCGAAAAAAACAAAGGGCGCGAGCUCGAGGACGAAGCAGAAGCAGACUAAACAGACUUCAAAGAGAGUCCUCGAGGAAGGGCUGGACGCGAAGGAGAUGUCUCGCCAGGCGCACGACGCUCCCACUGCAGCGAAAGCGCAGAAACCCUCCAAGGGGGCAGACGCGGAUGCAGGCGAGCAGAGCGAGGAGGGAGACAGCUGCGGAGAGCUCUUUAUGUCGAAGCAGAACCAGAAGAAGCAGCGCGCCCAGGCAGCCCACUUCCCUGCGAAAGGACAUCCCCUCGCGGCCUCGGGAGAUGCAGACGACGUGAUGAAGCAAGAGAAGGCAACGACAGAAGCACAGAAUGAAGAAACAGCUACUUCUGAUGCCUCGCUGUCGCCACCCUCUCCUUCCUCCUCCUCUCAGUCACCGCCUCCUUCUCAAGACUCUCCUUCGCUCUUGUCGUUCUCAGAGACCUCUCCAUCUUCGUCGCUUGCUCCUGCAGACGUCGCCUCUCCUGCUUGUGUGUCCUCCUCGACAGUUUUCUUCCCAGAAGAGGAGAGCGAGGCCAGUCCGUACAGCCGCUUCGCGUGCAUGCGCCGAGCCACCCACGAGGCGCGUCUCAAGGAUGCGUUGGAGCGAUUUAAAGCUGUUUCCAAGAAGGAAACCGCUUCCCGAGGAAGAGCUUGGCGCGUGUACGAGGGAUGGCCGCCGCGCUCUCGCGUCCCUGUUGGCGAUGAGCAUUCCAAGUUCGGGCCUCUCCAGCGGCACGCGUUUGUCUUUAACCGGCUGAAAGGGACAGGGCGGAAGCGCGAGCCGACGCUGGCGAUCUGCUGCGGCAACAAACCGGUGCUCCUCCUGAGCGAGCCUGAGUUCGAGGCGCUCGUCGAGAAGCUGCCCUGGAUCAAGCACGAAAUGGCGGAGUUCAAGAAGCUGCUGUGA